CUAAGUUGCCGGCGGUACGCAUGACAUCCUGCUAUGACGAUACCUCGUCAAGCGAAGUCUUCCUACCAUUACACAGGUGCUAACUAUCCCAUAGGCCCACCGAAAGCGUCUGAAUCUCAACGCCAUCCUUCACCCUGAGGAAGACGACGAGUAACCAACCAAUCUCACUCAUAAACAACGACGCUUUACCCUUCCAUUUUUCCGUUUCCUUUAUUUCUUAUUUCAGCAUGGUGGGUUGGGGUGGGUUUUGCUUAAUGGUGUGUCGGGGAAUAUAGGAAUACAUUCUUUGGUAAUCUGUUCACGGCGCCCUCUCCUUGCUUCUCGUGGUCAUCUCUUCCGAGAAUCAUGAACAAAAUUGAUAAUGGUCUGCUUGAACGGAGUUGUUGUGUCCUCUCGAAAGGCCCUGAUAUGGCAGUCCAUGGCACGACAUGUCAACACCGCCGCCGACGCUCACGGUUGUGUAUCAUGCCAUAUAAGCGGAGCAGAUCAGCCUGCGCCGGACGGACUCAGAAAGACGAUUGUGCUCGAAGCUAUUACCCAUUCAAGGAACUCCAACUUGGCACAAGUCGGAGAUCCGCGGGUGGCUGCAUUUCUGUGCGUGCUAUAGAUACAUCUGCGAAGGCAGCCCAUGUCGAUAGGACUGCUUCAGCAGCGAGUGAAAAGAAGCUGAGAAGGUCUGUUCAAUCCCUAUAUGUUCUCCAUCAACUUAUCAUCUCAAUCCUCCUCGUAGAGCUGGCUGUCUCCGCGCUUCCGACGCCUUCCCCCUUCUCGAACCCGCGCGAAUCUGCACCGAACUUCUCGCGCACCCCAGAAUCUGCACGAGGCUUCCACUGAAUUACGUACACCAACACCAAAUCGUGGGUAUAAUACAAGACCCAUUCCCUUCGUCGCAAUGAUCUCCAUCAGUCAAACAAGUC